AUGGUGUGGGUGCCAUCAGAGAGGGAGGGCUUCGAGCCGGCGAGCAUCAAGGAGGAGAAGGGUGACCAGGUGCUGGUGGAGCUCUCCAACGGUCAGAAGGUGACGGUGAACAAAGACGACAUCCAGAAGAUGAACCCGCCCAAAUUCAGCAAGGUGGAGGACAUGGCCGCCCUCACCUUCCUCAACGAAGCCUCCGUCCUGCACAACCUGCGCGAGAGAUACUUCUCCAGCCUGAUCUAUACGUACUCGGGCCUCUUCUGCGUGGUGGUGAACCCCUACAAGAUGCUGCCCAUCUACUCUGAGAAGAUCAUCGAGAUGUACAAGGGCAAGAAACGCCAUGAGGUUCCACCGCACAUCUACUCCAUCACGGACAACGCCUACAGGAACAUGAUGCAGGACCGCGAGGAUCAGUCUAUUCUCUGCACAGGUGAGUCUGGAGCCGGGAAGACAGAAAACACCAAGAAGGUGAUUCAGUACCUCGCCGUCAUCGCCUCCUCGCACAAGGGCAAGAACCCCGUCAACCCUCAGCAGCAGGCGGGAUCUUUGGCCUACGGGGAGCUGGAAAAGCAGCUGCUGCAGGCGAACCCGAUCCUGGAGGCCUUUGGAAACGCCAAAACCAUCAAGAACGACAACUCUUCGCGAUUUGGAAAGUUCAUCAAACUCAACUUUGAUGUGACCGGCUACAUCGUCGGGGCGAAUAUCGACACCUACCUGCUGGAGAAGUCUCGCUGUAUUCGACAGGCACACACCGAGAGAGCCUUUCACAUCUUCUACUACAUGGUGGCUGGAGCCAAAGACAAGAUGAGAGAGGAGCUGCUGCUGGAGGACUUCAGCAGCUAUCGUUUCCUGAUAGAGGGUCACGUGGAGAUCCCUGGGCAGGAGGACAACGAGAUGUUUGAUGAAACGCUGGAGGCCAUGGACAUCAUGGGUUUCACUGAGGAGGAGCGAUUAGGCAUGUUGAAGGUGGUAUCCAGUGUGCUCCAGCUGGGUAACAUCAAGUUUGAGAAGGAGAGGAACAACGAGCAGGCGACGAUGCCCGACAACACCGCUGCGCAGAAGGUGUGUCACCUGCAGGGCAUCAAUGUGACCGACUUCACCCGCGCCAUCCUCACGCCCAGGAUCAAAGUGGGCAGGGAGGUGGUGCAGAAGGCUCAGACCAAGCAGCAGGCUGAUUUCGCCAUCGAGGCUCUGGCUAAAGCCAUGUACGAGCGUCUGUUUCGCUGGAUCCUCGCCAGAGUCAACAAGACUCUGGACAAGAGUAAGAGGCAGUCGUCAUCCUUCCUCGGCAUCCUGGACAUCGCCGGCUUUGAGAUUUUUGAGGACAACUCAUUCGAGCAGCUCUGCAUCAACUACACCAACGAACGUUUGCAGCAGCUCUUCAACCACACCAUGUUCAUCCUGGAGCAGGAGGAGUAUAAGAGGGAGGGCAUCGAGUGGAACUUCAUCGACUUCGGCCUCGACCUGCAGCCCUGCAUCGAGCUCAUCGAGAGGCCGAACAACCCUCCGGGUAUCCUGGCCCUGCUGGACGAGGAGUGCUGGUUCCCCAAAGCCACUGAUAUUUCUUUCGUGGACAAGCUGCUGAACACCCACACUGGUCACGUUAAAUUCUCCAAACCCAAACAGCACAAAGACAAACUGAUGUUCACUGUCCUGCACUACGCUGGAAAGGUUGACUAUAAUGCCGCCAACUGGUUGACAAAGAACAUGGACCCUCUGAAUGACAACGUAACAGCUCUGCUCAACAACUCCUCCAGUGCCUUCAUUCAGGAUCUGUGGAAAGACGUGGAUCGAGUUGUAGGUCUGGAGACCAUGACCAAGAUGUCUGAGAGCUCAGCGCCCAGUUCCACCAAAUCCAAGAAGGGCAUGUUUCGCACUGUGGGUCAGCUGUACAAAGAGUCUUUGGGCAAACUGAUGACCACGUUACACAACACCCAGCCCAACUUCGUCCGCUGCAUCAUUCCAAACCACGAGAAGCGGGCUGGAAAGAUGGAUUCCAACCUGGUGCUGGAGCAGCUGAGGUGUAACGGAGUGUUGGAGGGGAUUCGAAUCUGCAGGCAGGGAUUUCCAAACCGGAUUGUGUUCCAGGAGUUCAGGCAGAGGUACGAGAUCCUGGCUGCCAAUGCCAUCCCUAAAGGCUUCAUGGAUGGAAAACAGGCCUGCAGUUUAAUGGUAAAGCACCUAGAUCUGGACCCUAACUUGUAUCGCAUCGGUCAAAGCAAAAUGUUCUUCAGGACAGGAGUUUUGGCUCAGCUGGAAGAGGAGCGAGACCUCAAACUGACUGUCGUCAUCAUCGCCUUCCAGGCGCAAGCAAGAGGCUUCCUGGGCCGCAAGGCUUUCAGCAAACGUCAGCAGCAGCUCACCGCCAUGAAGGUCAUCCAGAGGAACUGCGCCUGCUACCUCAAGCUCAAGAACUGGCAGUGGUGGAGGCUUUUCACUAAGGUCAAGCCGCUGCUGCAGGUGACCAGACAAGAGGAGGAGAUGGGUCAGAAAGAGGAGGAGCUGAAGGCCGCCAAAGAGGUGGCGGCCAAAACUGAGGCUGAACUGAAGGACAUUACCCAGAAGCACACCCAGCUGAUGGAGGAGCGGGCGCAGCUGGAGUUGAAGCUUCAGGCGGAGACGGAGCUGUGCGCUGAGGCAGAGGAGAUAAGGGUGCGACUGGAGGCCAAGAAGCAGGAGCUGGAGGAGGUGCUGCACGAGAUGGAGGCCCGGCUGGAGGAAGAGGAGGACCGCAGUAACGCCCUGCAGCAGGAGAAGAAGGAGAUGGAGCAGCAGCUACAGCUGAUGGAGGCCCACAUAGCACAGGAAGAAGACGCCAAGCAGACGCUGCAGCUGGAGAAAGCGGCUGUGGAGGGAAAGGUGAAGAAGCUGGAGGAGGACAUUCUGCUGAUGGAGGACCAGAACAACAAGCUGCAGAAGGAGCGAAAGCUGCUGGAGGAGAGGAUGGCUGACAUGAGCUCCAACCUGGCCGAGGAGGAGGAGAAGUCUAAGAAUCUAACCAAACUCAAGGCCAAGCACGAGUCCAUGAUCUCUGACCUCGAAGUGCGUCUGAAGAAGGAAGAGAAGAGUCGCCAAGAUGUGGAAAAGGCGAAGAGGAAGGUGGAGGCGGAGCUUGCUGAACUGCACGAGCAGCACGCCGACCUGCAGGCGCAGUUAGCUGAGCUGCGGGCCCAGCUUGCUGCCAAGGAGGAGGAGCUGCAGGCCACACAGGAGCGCCUGGAGGAGGAGAGCAGUCAGCGUGGGGCGGCGGUGAAACGCAUUCGGGAGUUGGAGGCUUUGCUCUCAGAGCUGCAGGAGGACUUAGAGGCUGAAAGGGCGGCGAGAGGGAAGGCUGAGGCAGAACGACGGGACCUCGGGGAGGAGCUUAAUGCUCUACGUACCGAGCUGGAGGACAGUCUGGACACGACUGCUGCCCAGCAGGAAUUACGGGCGAAACGUGAGCAGGAAGUGGCCAUGUUGAAGAGAGCCAUGGAGGAAGAGGGGCGGAGCCAUGAGGCCCAAAUCCAGGAACUGAGACAGAAACACAGUCAGGCUGUGGAGGAGCUGAAUGAGCACCUGGAGCAGGCCAAGCGGGUAAGAGCUGGUCUUGAGAAAGCCAAGCAAGGUCUGGAGAAGGAGUCAGCAGACCUGAGUGCUGACCUGCGUUCCCUCACCAGCGCCAAACAGGACGUUGAGCACAAAAAGAAGAAGUUGGAGGGUCAGCUGAAUGAUCUAAAUUCUCGCUUCAAUGAGAGCGAGCGGCAGAAGAACGAGCUGUCGGAGCGAGUCUCAAAGAUGACGUUGGAGCUGGACAGCGUGACGGGUCUGCUGAACGAGGCCGAGGGAAAGAACAUCAAGCUGGGUAAAGACGUCUCCAGCCUGUCCUCUCAGCUGCACGACACACAGGAGCUGCUGUCAGAGGAGACGCGUCAGAAGCUGAAUCUGUCUGGGCGUCUGCGUCAGAUGGAGGACGACAGGAACAGCCUCAUGGAGCAGCUGGAGGAGGAGACUGAGGUCAAACGGGCCGUGGAGAGGCAGGUGUCCAGCCUCAACAUGCAGCUGUCAGACUACAAGAAGAAGCUGGACGAGAUGUCGGGGACGGUGGAGCUGCUGGAGGAAGGGAAGAAGCGUCUGCAGCGUGAGCUGGAGGCAACCAACACAGAGUACGAGGAGAAGGCCUCCGCUUACGACAAGCUGGAGAAGAGCCGGAGCCGGCUGCAGCAGGAGCUGGAGGACGUCCUCAUGGACCUGGACAGCCAGCGGCAGCUCGUCUCCAACCUGGAGAAGAAGCAGAAGAAGUUCGAUCAGAUGCUGGCCGAGGAGCGCACUGUGUCCUGUAAGUAUGCGGAGGAGCGGGAUCGAGCGGAGGCAGAGGUGCGGGACAAGGAGACAAAGGUGCUGGCUCUUACCCGAGGGCUGGAAGAAAGCCACGAGGCUCUGGAGGAGGCGGAGAAGACGGUGAAGGCGCUCCGAGCCGAGAUGGAAGAUCUCAUCAGCUCCAAGGACGACGUGGGAAAGAAUGUGCAUGACCUGGAGAAGGCGAAGCGCGGCCUGGAGGCCAUCGUGGAGGAGAUGAGGACACAGAUGGAGGAGCUGGAGGACGAGCUGCAGGUGGCCGAGGAUGCCAAGCUGCGUCUGGAGGUCAACAGUCAGGCUCUGAAAGCUCAGCACGAGAGGGAGCUGCAGGCCCGCGACGAGCUGGGAGAGGAGAAGAGGAAGCAGCUCCUGAAACAGGUCCGAGAGCUGGAGUCAGAGCUGGAGGAGGAGAAGAAGCAGCGAAGUCAGGCUUCAGCCGGGAAGAAGAAGCUGGAGGGGGAGCUGAAGGACGCGGAGGAUCAGCUGGAGGCCAGCAGCAGGGGGCGUGACGAGGCGCUCAAACAGCUCCGCAAAAUCCAGGGCCAGAUGAAAGAUCUCCAGAGGGAGCUGGAGGACUCCCGUGCAGCCCAGAAGGAGGUCCUUGCCUCAGCCAGAGAGUCUGAGCGCAGGUCCAAGGCCAUGGAGGCCGACAUCAUGCACCUGAAUGAGGCGUUGGCAGCUGCCGAGAGAGCUCGUAAGCAGGCGGAGACGGAGAGAGACGAGCUGUCCGAGGAACUGGCCAGUAACUCAUCUGGAAAGUCACUGCUGUCCGAUGAAAAACGUCGUCUGGAGACUAAGAUCAGCCAGUUGGAGGAGGAGCUGGAGGAGGAGCAGGCCAACAUGGAGGGCCUCAACGACCGGCUGAGGAAGAGCCAGCAGCUGGUGGAUCAGCUCGGAGCAGAGCUGGCCACGGAGAGGUCUUCUGCUCAGAGCAGGGAGGGAUCCAGGCAGCAGCUGGAGAGGCAGAACCGAGAGCUGAAGGCCAAGCUGCAGGAGCUGGAGGACCAGGGCCGCUCCAAACUCAAGUCCUCCAUCACUGCUCUGGAGGCCAAACUCCGAGAGGCCGAGGAGCAGCUGGAGGUGGAGAGCAGAGAGCGGCAGGCCAACGCUAAGAAUCUGCGCCAGAAAGAGAAGAAACUGAAAGAUUUAACGAUCCAGAUGGAGGACGAGAGGAAGCAGGCGCAGCAGUACAAAGAUCAGGUGGAGAAGAGCAACGUGCGGGUGAAGCAGCUGAAGCAUCAGCUGGAGGAAGCGGAGGAGGAGGCGCAGCGCGUGGUGGCAGCCCGCAGGAAGCUGCAGAGGGAGCUGGAAGAGGCGGCAGAGUCCAACGACGCCCUGAACAGAGAGGUUGCUUCGCUCAGGAGCAAACUCAGGCGUGGCGGCAGCGGUGCUGGUGGGGAGAUGUUGUACAGCAGCUCCACUCCUCGCAGCAGUGGUGGCGGCAGCAUGAGGAGUUUGGGGCUCGGAGGGAGCAUCAACCGGAGGAGCAACAUCAAAGAGAACUCGGUGGAGCUGCACGAGGAAGAGCCUCCCUCACCUUCCUCACCCGCCCGCACCCCACCUCUGGAGCCCCGUGCCGAGGUCUACACCUGCUCCCCCAAUGAGUAGACGACCAGGAGCAGAUAAAGAAGUGUUUUAGGAAACAACCAAGCGUAGAGUCACAGGAGGAGCUGGAUAUUUAAUCAAUACUAUGGAUUUAUGUUUGAAGCAAAUAGUUUUGUUUUUAAGUUAUUCCAAACACACUGAGGGACAAACUGUGGACGGACCAAAUUUAUCCCCAACAAAACAAGAAAAAAAGUCAUUUAAUAGCCUGAAGCUACAAUUUAAUGUCCCAAAUAUUAGAAAUAUUAGCGCAAGUAUUUCAUACUUCAUCCAUACAAUGCUACCAACCUGUUAGUCUGAUCAUUUAUUUAUUUAUUUUUAAUUAUUUCUGACACUAAAAGUCAGUAAAAUGUUAUUUUACGAGCAAAAACUCUCCAAAUGUUCCACUUUCACUUCCUCAGUGUGAGAAUUUGUUUUACCGUCACAUCUGAGAGCAUUUUAAAGCCUCUGUGCCUACGCUUUUACAUUUUAUACAUAAUCUGUUUCUAUAGGAAAUAAUCUGUGAGAUUUGAGACCAAUUUAAUUAAUUUAUGAUUCUUUGUGGAUGAAUUUCCCUUCUUUUGUUGUUCCAUAAAUAUGCACAUAUCUCCAAUUAUUUUAAAAAACAUUUUAUCCCUGCAAAUACAUGUAAAACACCACAGUAAGGUUCCUAAAUUCACCCAAGAACUCUUAAAGCUGAUUUUAAUGAGUUUCAGAUUUUGGGUCCCAUUAGUCCUGCCAAAGUCUGCCGCUCUAGUUUAUAGAAAUAUAGAAAUUAACUUCAUUGAAUUGGUAAAAUUUAAUUGGCAUCUCCUGUCCAAAUAUCUGCAGCUUUGCAUCUGAGCCUGUUCAUCCCUGUCCUGACAGCAGCUCCACAGGAGAAGAAUUAUUAAUAAUUAACUGGUGGAAAACAUUUAAAUCUUCUCACUGUUCCAGCAGUCUACGCUCAUAUAGGGUUUCUAAUAAUGAGAUGAUUAUGUACAAGAGUCCCUGUGAGCCCAGAGCUCCGGCUGCUCUAAACGCUGUUUAUCACAGUUUGCUCAUCUCGGGCACACAAGCCACACACACCUGAAGAUAGGUGGACAAAUGGGACAUGAAUCAUGCAAAGCUCCUCAGGUGGAGUCUAAGAAUCAUAACGUGGAGACAAACAUGAGCAGGAUGUGUCUACAGUGCAACACUGCAGCAGUUUUUAGACCAACAAAGAAGCUUUAAGAUGAAUAAAUUAGCUCAAUAGUUCUCCUUUAAAGUGCUGUUAGGAGCAUUCCUAACCAACAGAUGGCAGCAUCACCCUUUAUUAAAGGUCUACUCAGCCAAUCAGAUGCAGUGAAACUGCACAAACCCAAAAACCAAACCUAGCAGUUUUGGAAUAUCUUCAUUUACAGUAAACUGUGUUCUAAACUGUACAACAGGUGGAUAAAAGCAGUUUUUAAAACCAUCCGUGUACCUGUGGGGAGGAUCCUGGCUUCACAAUGUCAAACUGAAUAAAACGAGGUUCAGACAACAGCUGAAGAGCUGCCAGCUCCAGCCCUGCCGUCACACUUUAACAAUCUGCGCUGCUUUAACACAGGAGGAAUUUAGGCUGCACACUUUAGAUGAACGUUUGCCGUUUCAGCUUUUGUUACGUGGAGUGUUAUUAAGCUAAAUAACUCUUAUAUAAGAAGUCGGCCUUGCUCGCCUCGGUUUGUGUCAUCAGUGUGAUUUUCCUGUCAAAAUAUUACCUGUAGAUCUUUUGUUUUGUCUAAACAACCUUCUGGCUUUGCCAGGAUUCGGGAGAUCAUAUGCAACUCUUCAGCGCACAAACUGAGGCGAUCCUUUCUGGACUUUCUUUGAGGGUUUCAGGAAUAUUUAGAGAAAAUCUGUAUGUUUGGAAACUGAAUGUAUCCAACCGGGUCCACAUUAAUUCCUGACACACUUGGUUUUAAAUCUCACAGAUACUCACAGAAGGCUCAAAGUCCCCCACACUUGGCGAAGGGUGAAGCAGGAGUCUGUGCUCUGUAAACCACAGAAAUGAUAUCAGACUGAAACCAAACUCUUACAAAUGUUUUCUGUUUCCACUUCCUGUGAUAAAUAAAAAUGAAA